AUGGAAAUGGAUACUCCAGUACCAAACGCCAGUGUGGAGACGCCUCAUGUCGAGAGAAUUUCGCGGUACCUGCGCGAGGUCGACCGACGAGCUAUUCUGCUGCGGAUCGAAGGCGGCGAGAAGCAGGCCGUGCUCGCGAAGGAGUACCAGGUCAGCCGUGCGGCCAUUUGCAACCUCAACAAGCACCGCGACGAAGUUCUCGCUCGCAAGGACGGCAACCCGCUCGCCAAGCACCCCAGGAAACCGCGUCCAAAGGCCACGAUCGCGGGCAUGCCCUCUUCAAUGAAAUGGAGCAGCAGCAAGAAUCGAUACAUCCACGUACUGGGCUCCACAUCAGGAAGCAGUCUCGAGCGCGACAGGACGGGCAUGUUCGAGCUGAAGUCGCGCGCUGCAGCGUUGCUGCUCACGACACUGCGCAACAAGUUCACUACGUCAGUCGAGUUACUGCGCGCGAGCGAGAGGCUCGUGCGUUUGCUCAUGGAGGAAGCACUAGCACUGCCACCUAUCCGGAAGAUCGGCAUCCUGUUGGACGACCAACACAGAGAGUCGGGCUUGCAGUCGGAGCACCCGCCCUGUGCGGUAUCCAUAGAGAAGGACGAGGGUCACCCCAUGCUCGAGCUGUUCCGCACUAUGGGGCCCGAGCAGCCGACGGGGCUGGUCGGCUCACAACUGCCCACGAGUCUCGUCUACCACAACGUGUUCUUGCUGUCGGACGUGUCGACGUCAGGCCGCCGUCUCUGCGCCGCCAUACGCUGUCUACUAGAGCGCGGUGCUAGCCCGGUCAUGAUGUUCAUCGUCUCGCUCAUGACCACCAACGAGGCCGUGGAGCUUGUUCACUUGCAGUUCUCGGACGUCACGUUCGUCACGGCCCACAUCGUCGCGGACGAAGAAGGCGACCGCGACGAUGCUCGCCCAGCAAGCUGA